CCACUGCGUAUCACUCCUACUUCACCUCACCUGCGAGACAGUUCGGCCGAGAAGUGGGGAGGAAAGUACUCGCCAUCAUCGACACCUUUCAAACUGAAGGACAUGGACGAAGCGAAGGAAGCCGAGAAUAGCGAGACAUUAUCGAAAGUGUCGAGUCCUCCCGUGGAGCUCACGAAGAACGUGGCCCCGGACACCAAAGAUGAAGGCUCUGAAUCCAAAAACCCAAAUCAGACUCCUCCACCUCCUCCAGGCCACAAGUACCCAGAGUUGCCCAUCACAAAGAGCAGGGAGAAGCUGGUUUCCCUCAUCGAGUACAACUCAGUCGUGAUAAUCCGCGGUGCAACGGGCAGCGGCAAAACCACCCAGGUGCCUCAGUAUAUCCUGGACCAUUACGCAGAGAAGAACAUGGCGUGUAACAUCGUGGUCACGCAGCCGCGACGGAUCGGUGCCACCAGUGUCGCUCACUGGGUCGCCCAGCAGAGGAAGUGUGUGCUGGGGAGUCUGGUGGGACAUCAGAUCGGGCUUGAAAAAGUUGCGAACGAACACACACGUCUGCUCUACGUGACGACGGGAGUCCUGCUGCACAAACUGGUUUCUGCCAAGUGCCUGACUGAGUUCACUCACAUUUUCGUGGAUGAGGUUCAUGAGCGCACUGCCGAGAUGGACUUACUCCUGCUGGUCUUGAGAAGGUUUCUGCAGACCAACUCUCCCUUUGUGAAGAUUAUCCUCAUGUCUGCCACCAUCAACUGCUCUGAGUUCGCCAACUACUUCUCCACAUCCAUACGAGGAAUGAUGAGCCCGGCGUACGUGUUCGAGGUGGAGGGAAUCCCGCACGCCAUUGACCUCUUCUACCUGGAUGAUCUUCACCACCUGUUCCCAAACAAGUUUCAGUCUCCUCACUUGGAUGAGCCAUACAUCUCAGAGGACAUGUACAAACUGGCCGUCAAUCUCAUCCGGAGCCUGGAUGAGAUGGAGGGCGAGGAGUCCAGACGAGUGCCGACUGACGGCGGCUUAGCUUUGACUGAGAGAGGCAGCGUGCUGGUGUUUCUGCCGGGCAUAAGGGAGAUCAUGCACAUGCAGGACUGCCUGGUCAAGCUGGUUCACAAAAGACUGCUGAUUUACCCUCUUCACUCUGCCGUGACUUUGGGGGAGCAGAAAGGAGUUUUCCAACCCCCCGUCCUCGGAUGCAGGAAGGUCAUUCUCUCCACCAAUAUUGCAGAGAGUUCUGUCACCGUCCCAGAUGUCAAGUAUGUGAUUGACUUCUGCCUGGUCCGCCGGAUGGUGUGUGACGAAGAGACCAACUGCCAGUCUCUGCGUCUGUCCUGGGCUGCCAAGAACAACUGUGACCAGCGCAGAGGACGAGCCGGACGAGUGUCCAAGGGCUUCUGCUACCGCCUCGUGACCAAAUACUUCUGGACCAAUGAUAUUCCGGACUACAUGAUCCCGGAGAUGCUGGUGGUUCCUCUGUCCAGCGUCCUGCUGAAGGUGAAGCUGCUGGGCAUGGCAGACCCACGCUCCAUUCUGGCCACAGCUCUCUCGCCCCCCAACUUGACUGACAUUGUGAAAACCGUGCUGCAACUGAAAGAGAUGGGCGCCCUCUCCGCCCAAGUCGAUGGCAAGAAUUACAACGAGGAUGGCGAGCUCACCUUCCUGGGCAGAGUCCUGGCUCACUUGCCUUUGAACCUUAACCUGGGGAAGCUGGUGGUCCUGGGCCACGUCUUCGGCUGCCUGGACGAGUGCCUCAUCAUAGCCGCUGCUCAUUCUCAGAAGAACUUCUUCGCCAAGCCACCGAUGCUGCAGGUCAACGGUCACCGGAGCAAGUUGUCCUUCACACGCAGCAUCCUAAGUGAUUCAAUCGCAUGUUUAAAUGCGUUCAAGGCGUGGGACUCAGCCAAGAAGAAAGGCCUGCUGCGAGGGAUAAAGGAAGAACUGGACUGGGGACAUGAGAACCUGAUUCAAGUCAAAAGGAUCAGAGAGGUGGCGGAGCAGUACGAAGAACUGAAGAGACGCGUACGUGUCUUCAACAUGCUGACUCCUGACAGCCCUGAGAGCCUGGACUACACCAGCGUCCACAAACGCAACUUCCUUCUUCAGAUGGUCAUCGCUGGAGCCUUCUACCCCAACUACUUCGUCCAGGGAGAGAUCGAUGACGCUCUGGCCUGCAGAGAGCUGAGCGGGUUCAACCCCAGAACCACAGUGAUGCUGAGGAGGCUCCCUCCGUACAGCUUCCUCUACUACCGUCAGCUGCAGAAUCUCUUCCGCUCGUGUGGACAGAUCAAGACCAUGUCGUUUGAGAGCACCAGGGCGUAUGUGGAGUUCAGUGGGAUAUGGCAGGGCACAGGCGUCCUGCAGGAGGUCACUCUGGCUCUCUUCCUGGCCAAGCACAGGCUUCCCUUGAUACUGUCAGUCCACCCCAGCGAACAUGUGCUGAAGUCAGUCGGGAACAGAUGUGUGGAUCACCUCAAGCACGCACGGGUCAACAUUGACUUCAGAAACGGACCGGUCACGUCUAUUGGUUUUGAGAACACCUUGGACCCGGAGAGGCUUCCUGCCAGCCCCCUGUUUGUGGUCAAUAUCACUGAGGUGGUGGAGGUGGGGCAUUUCUGGGGCUUUCGGGCAGAUGAGGCCAGCCUGGAGAAGCAACGGCACCUGACAGAUCGGAUCAACUCGAGCGCACUGCAACCUGUGACUGUGGCGCUGCACCCCAACCUCCUCUGUCUGGCCCCCUUCCCUGAAAGCGACGGGGAGAGUCUUUACUACCGAGCCCAAGUCCGGCACAUCCGGGGAACCGUGGUGGAGGUUUUCUUCCUGGAUUUCGGGAACUCCUCUUCUGUGACCAGUGACUGUCUGAGAGAGCUUCCACCGGAUCUGCUCACUCCUCCGUUCCAGGCUCAGGAGUUCCAGGUCAUCGAAAUGCGUCCCUCGCCCGAGUCCAUAAUCAACGGGGGCCGCUGGAGCAGCCGGGCCCGGGCCCGCUUCAUCACACUGGUCAAAGGCAGGUUGCCCAUGGUGUCCCUCUAUUCCAUCCUCUCCGGAGUGAUGCGCGUGGAGCUGCUCUUCAGCUCGGGGACGGACGGCAGCAGCAGCACCAGCUUGAUGGACAUCCUGGUGGAGGAGGGCCACGCCAUCAAGGCCGAGGAGAGCUUCGACUCCAAGCAAAGCCAUCAGGUGCUGUUGUCCCUCUACAGGGACAUGGAGAGGGGCUUGUGCGACGGCUCCCCCUCCAGCUCCUGGCUCCAGCGCAACAAACAGGACAAGCAACUUGUGGAUGAGAUGCUGGAGAACUUCUCCAAGAGCUGUGUGUCUGUUUCCAAAUCACAGGUUAAGCUGAACGGACCCACCAGUCCAUAUAAGACCGAGUUCCACAGCCUGUGCCACAAGACCCACAACAAGAGUGUCGUGGUGGAGAGGGACAGUGUCUGCAGUUUGGUGGUGAAUGAGAGUCCUCACUACAAAGACCAGAGGAUGCUGGUGGCCGAGAGAGUGUCCGUGAAUGCCGCAGGGACAAACUUCUGUGCUCACGAGGCGUCGCUCCUCCCUCACAUCCCUGGGCUCCCGGCUCUCAUCACCAUGAUCUUCACUCCUUCCAUGGAGCUCCGCACCAACAAGGAGCAGACCUGCUACACCGGGGCUCUGUGCGGCUUGGGUUUCCACACCCAGACUCAGGCCAGCCUCCUGCCCGAGCACGACAUCGAGCUCGCCUUCGACGUCAAGUUUGACUUUGAAGACAUUGUGCAGAUCAACACACUCCGGUUGGCCAUCAACCGCCUGGUGUGCGACAGUCCCCACAGCGUUCAGCACCAGUGGCAUGACCGCAUCAGUCUGCUGCAGGACGAGUGCCAGGAGUCUCUCCUAAGACUCUUCACCAAGUCCAGAGACGCCGUCACUCCAGUUUACUUCCAACAGGAGAGGAAGUGGAACCAGGUGGAUUCGUCGAUGAAGAUGUUCGUCACGGAGGAGGGUGUGGACAAGACUCCGGGGGUUCUCUUUCAGUUGCACCCAGUUUUGCUGCUCAACGGCUGAGGUUUUAUUGUUCACCGCAGUCGUUCCAAUUUAGCCAUUUUAGUUGGGAAUGUUUUGUGUUGAGGUCAGAGAUGUUUUAGUUCUUUUAGUUCUAUGUUUAAUGUACAUGUUCCUGCUGUGGCUCAAGUGAUGAGUAAAAGUAGGGGAAGCCUUGGGCUCCUUUAAGUCCCACACUGUCUCUGCUGUUGUCGCUUCAGUUGUGUGCAAGAAACCAGCCACUAUUUUUAGCUCACAAAUCCCAGAGUCUGACUCUAAUGUUUCUGUCGGCUCCACGGCCCAGUGAGCGUCAAACCAUCAACUAUUUUAAACAGAUGACUUGCUCAUUAUUUUAACAGUUGCCCUCCAUGUUUACUAUUUUUAAGUCCUGUUUUCUUUAUAGCCUCAAUUUAUUCGUCAGUUUUUAAUAUAUUUAUUUCCAAUCUUAAACCUAAAGCUUUUCAUAUAAGGUUUGUGCUGCUUUGUAAUGAAUAGCUGGAGUGGAACCGGUGUUGUGCUAGCCCUGAACAAAGAACUCGAAGAUGACAUUCAACUCAGGCCGAUCUAUGUUUUGAGUUCAGAACCGGUUAGUUUGAGCCCACAAGCCGGAACCGAGACUUAUGGCACCGACAGCAGGAGCGCAACCCCGUGUCCGGUCGGUGUGCACACGCUGGACCGUGGACGAAGCAGCCUCAGGCGCGUGGGAGACGUUUACAUCAAGGUACAUUUAUUUCGUCUUCUUGUUGAAAUUAAAU